UCCUCGUCUCCGUGUUCCUCGUUCCUCCCUGCUGUGUGCACCGUGACAGAAGACCAGACCGUAACAGUAAGCGGCGCCCCCCUUUUCACCGUUUUGUUUUUCGUUUUCGAAAGUCAUUUUGUUUGGUUCCUGUCCGUUUGUCUGCCCCACAGCGUGCACUCCUCAUCUCGCCAUAGCCCGCGACAGUAACGCGUGGGAGUUCGGGAUGGCCGCGAGACCCUCCAGUCUGAGAGACUGACACCUUUAAUCAGCCAUGAAGAAGCUCUGCAAGUGCCUGUGGAUCUUACUGGGGUUUUUAUCAAUUCAAGAAACCGCAAAUGGAGCAGAUGAGAACGCAGCACUAUGGCGCAACACAAACCAAUCGUCCGAUUGGGAUUCCAGCUGGAUUUCUAGCUAUGCUGUUGAUGGUUUGCGCAACAGAUGUGCACACACCCUCACAGAAACCAACCCGUGGUGGAGAGUGGAUCUGCUGAAUGAAUACCAAGUGAACAAAGUGGCCAUCACUAACAGACAUCACCUCACCGCUUAUCAGAGGAUAAACGGGGCGGUGAUUCGUGUUGGGAACUUCCCUGACGACAUUUACAGCAACACCGUAUGUGCUGUAAUUUCUACUAUUCCUUCUGGAGCCACAUCCAACUUCUCAUGCGGUGGGAUUGAGGGACGUUACGUGAUUGUUCAUAUUUCUGGAAAUCUGAAGACUCUUACUCUCUGUGAGGUCGAAGUCUACGGGAAGGUGAUGGGAAAUUGGGCAUCAAGAGGAACAGUUAUACAGUCAUCAACAUCUGGGGACAGGUUUGCUGAAAAGGCUAUUGAUGGUAAUCGAGGUCUCCAGCAGUUGUAUACGGGAUGCUCCUCAACACUUAAUCAGACUAACCCAUGGUGGAGGCUGGAUCUGCGUGAUGUUUAUCGAGUUAGUAGAGUGGUCAUUACCAACAGAAAAGACUGUUGUGCUGAACAAAUGAACGGAGUGGAGAUUCACAUCGGAAACUCUUUGAAGAACAACGGCAGCAACAAUCCCAUAUGUGCUGUUAUUCCUGCUAUUCCUGCAGGUGAGUCCUACAGCUACUCAUGCGGUGGGAUGGAGGGACGUUACGUCAAUCUGAUCAUUCCUGGAGACAUGAAGACACUCACUCUCUGUGAGGUGGAGGUUUUUGGAGAAGGUCCUGUUUUAAAAAGAUCAAUUGUAAAAAUGCUGUUUAACUCCAGAGCUGAUUUGACUGACCAGCCAAUGAGAGAAAACAUUCUUAUACAGUUUGGAUCUGUUCUGGCUGACAAAGGAUUCACAAAUGUGACACUGAGUUGGAUUCAAACCCCUGAACAGGUGAUUCAGAAGGGGAAAGCUCCUAAAAGUUGCAUUAAAGUACCGUGAUAUCCUGGGAAGUUCAAAAUGAUUAACAUUUCUACAUAAUUACUUAUUUACAAUGUAAAGCCUCUUCAAGCACUUCUGCUGCCGUGUAUAAGCCAACAUAAAACUUUAGAUAGUAAAACAAAACUAACAACAAAAUAGUGAAGUGAAUCCUAAUCACUAAUUGCCAUAAUAUUUACUGUACUGCCUGUGCAAGAUACUGUAUUGGAAAAAUGUUAGUCUUUAAGUGAGAGAGAAUCAUUAAGGACUUUGAGCCAACAGCUUGUCACUGAUUCUUUGCUGCUAAAUAAAUCCUGAAGAGUUUAGAAAGCUGCCUUUAUAUGUGUGUGUGUGUGUGUGUGUGUGUGUGUGUGUGUGUGUGUGUGUGUUUAUUUGCUUUUUAAAUUAUUAA